AGAGGCCAUGGUUUCGGAGUCCAACCCCCCUCCCGCCUAAAACGUUGUCUUUUUGUUUUAUUAAUUAAAAAAAUGAAACCGUGUCAAAAGGUUACUUUGUAUUUUAAUAGUAUAUAAAUAACCAAGUCUGCCUUCCUUACCCUCAUUCUUAUCUUUUUCUUUUUCUACAACUACUUUUUCCAUUCUUUCUCCUGUCAUAAGCUACAACAACAAUAAAAACAGCCACUAAUCUUUGUUUCCAGGUGGGAAAUGGAGUUUGAGCAACCCAUGUUUAGAGAAACAACGGAAGCCCUGAAAUUGAAGGCAGCAAAUGAUAGUAAGACUUCAACCAGGGACAGGCAUAAGUCGCCAGGAUCAACAUGCCGUUCCUAUGUUUCCAGCAAACUCUUCCAUGGCUCGGAAUCAUUCAGGGCUCUAGAGAUGGGUGUGCCAAAGGUUGACUCCACCGAGAAAAAGCUGUCUUGGCUACGAUCUCAAAUCACUGGUGGUGAUGCAGAAUUUGACUCUCCUUUUGGAACUAGAAAACUUACUUAUGCUGAUCAUACUGCAUCGGGUCGCUCUUUUCACUAUAUCGAAAACUUCAUCGUCACCAAUGUUCUGCCAUUCUACGGUAACACUCACACGUCUGACAGUUAGGUGGGGCACAGGACGACGAAAAUGGUGCAUGAAGCGUCAAACUUUGAAAUUGUUAUACAUGUAAUCGAUAAUCAUUCCUUAGUGUUGACCUUUAGAGUUCAAGGAAUGUCUCGUACCCAAAUAAUUUUUGGGUUUUUCCUAUAUGUAAUAAUAAUAUUAAUUACCAAA